AUGGGUUCCUUGCAAUCCCCAGAUAAAGAGGCCCAGUUCUCAAAGGAGCCAUUUGAAAAGAUCUCGAGCCAUGACGAAGGGCUUCCAACACGACAGGCCUUACUCGAGGCCCUCAAGGCAGAGAAGCCCUCCCCUUGGUCGCCAAACCUGAGGAAACUAUACGUCUUCUGCGUAAUCGCGUUUCUUUGCUCGUCGAUGAAUGGAUAUGAUGGGUCUAUCUUCGGAUCUCUUCCUGCGCUGGAUUCCUUCAGAAAACAGUUUGGAGUUCAGAAAAACGGUGCCAAAAUUGGUUACAUCUCGGCAAUGUACACAGUUGGAGCAAUCUGCUCAUUGCCAUUCAGUGGACCGGCCUGCGAUAUUCGUGGCAGGAAAUGGGGAACCUUCAUCGGUUGUGUUAUUGUCGUCGCUUGCACUUUUGUUUCCGCCACAGCCCGAGGUGUACCGCAAUUCGUUGCUGGUCGAUUCUUCCUGGGCUUCGGAGUCAACAUUAUUCGAUCUACAAGCUCUAUUUGGUGUGCGGAGGUCUGCCCACCUGCUUACCGUGGAAUCAUCAUGGCGUUUUAUAACUGCACAUACGCCGUCGGCUCCCUCAUUGCUGCUGGCGUGACCAGAGGAUCUGCUGGGUAUGAAGGCAACAAGUCGUGGCAGAUUCCGUUGUGGUGCCAAAUGAUAUGUCCGGGAAUUGUCCUGUUGACCGUCCUUUUCUUCCCCGAGUCCCCUCGAUGGCUAUUCUCACACGGCAAAGAGGAACAAGCCUGGGAAUUCUUGGCUUACUACCACGGAGAAGGAAACCGUGAUCACCCGUUGGUGCAAUUGCAACUACAAGAGUAUAGGGAAUUUAUCUCGCUUUCCGGCUCGGAUAAGCGCUGGUGGGACUUUAGCGACUUCUACAAAACCAAGGCAGGGAGGUGGCGAUUCAUCAAUGCUCUCAUUACAGGAAUAUGGGGACAAUGUAGUGGAAACGCAAUAGUAUCGUACUAUUUGCCUGCAAUGCUCCUCACCACCGGCAUCACCGAGUCGGAGCAAGUGUUGAAUGUCAAUCUAGGCUAUACCGUGGUCUCCACAGUGGCUUCAUACUUGGGUGCUAGCCAGAUUGAGAGAAUGGGCCGUCGUCCAACCAUCAUUUGGACAGCAGUCGCCUGUUCGAUAUGCUUCGCAUGCCUUACAAUCGGCUCUGGGUUGUACGCUCACACUCAUGCUCCUCCAGCGGCUUCCGCUGGUAUUGCAUUCAUCUUCAUCUUCGGAUUCUGCUACAACUUUGGAAUGACACCGCUACAGGCGUUAUACCCAGUCGAAGCCUUGUCCUACGAAACUCGCGGCAAGGGCGUUGGUCUUACAUUCUCCAUCGCCCAUGGAUUCACGCUUCUCAACCAGUUUUGCUUCCCUGUGGCCCUCCAAAGGAUUGGCUGGUAUACUUAUAUCGUCUUCAUCGUUUGGGAUCUCUUUGAAGCCACCGUGAGCUACUUCAUUUCAGUCGAAACUAAAAAUCACACCUUGGAGGAAUUGUCGGAGAUUUUCGAGAGCCCAAACCCAGUCAAGGCUUCCCUGCAAAAACCGCUUGACUGA